UGGGCUGUGAGUAAGGACUGUGCAUGCAUCUCCUUGGCCAGCAACAGCAGUAACACCUCCACUGUCCUCUUUUCUGUGCUUGGCCUCCACUCAGACAUGACUCUGGUCACCGUGGAAGUCUUUGAUACCGAGAAGAAAGGUCGAGGCCUCAGGGCCACCAAGGACCUAGCAGCAGGUCAGGUGGUCUUCGCUGAGCCCAGCUUUGCAGCCGUGGUUUUUGACAGUCUUUCACCCCAGGUGUGCCACAGCUGUUUCCGACGCCAGGAGAAGCUGCAUCGCUGCGCUCAGUGCAGAUUUGCUCAUUACUGCGACCGGACAUGCCAGCGUGCCGGCUGGGAGGAGCAUAAGCAGGAGUGCACUGCCAUUAAAAAGCGUGGCAAGGCACCCAAUGAGAACGUCCGCCUGGCUGCCCGCAUACUCUGGCGCAUAGAGAAGAGCGGCAGCAUCAUAUCCGACGGCCAGCUCACCACAGUGGAACAGCUGCAGGACCAUGUGACAGACAUGGCUCCCAAUGACCUGAAGGAGCUCAAGGUCAACGUCCAUGACUUUCUGAACUACUGGCCUCAUAACGGCCAGAAACACGGUGUGGACAGCAUCUCUCACAUUUUUGGUGUGAUUAAUUGUAACGGCUUCACCUUGAGUGACCAGAGAGGACUGCAAGCGGUCGGUGUGGGUUUGUUUCCCAACCUGUGUUUGGUUAACCACAACUGCUGGCCCAACUGCACUGUUAUCCUCAACCACGGCAAUCAGAUGGCUCUGAACGCUCUCUUUCAUACCCAGAGGAGGAUAGAGCUGCGAACCCUGGAGAAAAUCUCUGAAGGGGAUGAGCUUACAGUGAGCUACAUUGACUUCCUCAAUGUGUCCUCAGACCGCCAGCGUAUUCUUAGACAGCAAUACUUCUUUGAUUGUACCUGUCAGCACUGCACUGAGCACCUGAAGGAUGACCUCAUGAUGGCUGUCAAAGAUAGCAAUAAGAAAUCGGAUCAGGAUGUGAAGGAAGUAACAGAGUUUAGUGUAAAGACACUGGAGAAGAUUGAACAGGCUCGCAUUGAGGGUAACUAUGAAGAGGUGGGUAAGCUGUGCCGGCAGUGCCUGGAGCAGCAGGAGCCGGUGCUGGGCGACACAAACCUCUACCUGCUGAGAGUCUUGAGCGUAGCCAGUGAGGUGCUUUCAUAUCGGCAUGAUUUCUCCGAGGCUGCUGGCUAUGCGCGCAGGAUGGUAGAGGGACACAUGAAACUAUAUCAUCCAAAUAAUGCCCAGCUGGGCAUGGCCACAAUGCGGGCUGGAGUGACCCUCUGGCAGGCUGGCCAGAUCGAGGCUGGUCACAGUAUGUUAUGUAAGGCUAAUGGCAUCCUCAUGAUCACCCAUGGGCCCUCCCACUCCAUCACCAAGGACUUGGAGGCCAUACGGCUGCAGGCUGAGAUGGAGCUGCAGAUGUUCCAGCAGAACGAGGCUGCCUACUAUAGCUUGCGGGAGGCGGCCCUCAAGAGACAGCCAAUUAGCAACCUGGCAGAGCCCCUAGAAGAUAACAUAAGGAAGCUGUUUCGUGGGAAAUGAGCUCUCGGCUGUCACCUUCUCACCCAGCUGAUACUUCAUACUACUACUUCACAGACCGAUUUAAAUGUAAAAAUGUCAACCGUUCAAAUAUCAAAAGUUCAACCAGUCAUGUCAUCUGUUUAAAUACAAAUUCAUGCUAGUUCAAACAUGGUCUAAUUCCAGUGCAAGUACGUGUAUGUCUUACCACUAGAAUUCUGGAGAGAAAUAAAAGGUAUUUCUAAAUGGUU